GUAAAUAGCGCAGUCGCAGUGGGAGCGGAGGCAGUCGAAGAGGAAAUCGCAAACCGUUGGAGUCUCUCCCAUAGUUUGUGCUUGGAUACAGUCGUUGCAGAGAAUUUCUUUUAAAUAAAGCAGGGGCUAAUAUGGCGACGUUGGGACCAGACCCUCGUCCCCAUUCCCAGCUCGCUUCUGCCUCGAUACAAAGUAACAUCAGUGGCAAUAACCUGCCUCCCAACCGCGGCUUGGAAAGAGCGUUGGAAGAAGGAGCGAACUCCGGGUUUUUGAACCUCAGCGCCAGGAAACUCAAAGAAUACCCCAGGACAGCAUCUAACUACGACUUAUCAGAUACGGUGGAAGCAGACCUGUCGAGGAAUCGUUUGGCGGAGGUCCCCUUAGAGGUGUGUCACCUGGUUGCCUUGGAAACGCUGAACCUCUAUCACAACUGUAUCAAGACCAUUCCUGACACCAUCAUCAGCCUACAGUCACUCACCUCCUUAAACCUCAGUCGGAACCAGCUGUGUGCUCUGCCAGCCUCCCUGUGUGGGUUACCCCUACGAGUCCUCAUUGCCAGCAACAACAAACUGGUGUGUAUACCUGAGGCCAUCGGACAGCUCAGGAGCCUCAUGGAGCUGGAUGUGAGCUGUAAUGAGAUCACUGCUCUGCCCCGUCACAUCGGCCGACUCAAGGCCCUCAGAGAACUCAACGUCCGCAGGAACCUGCUCUGUGUCCUACCUGAAGACUUGGCGGAGCUUCCCCUGGUGAAGUUUGAUUUCUCCUGUAACAAGGUGUCCACCAUCCCAGUGUGCUACAGGAAAAUGUCCCAGCUCCAGUCACUACAACUGGAGAACAACCCCCUACAGAGCCCACCUGCACAGAUCUGCAUAAAGGGAAAAGUUCACGUAUUUAAGUACCUGAGCAUCGAGGCGUGUCGGAGUGACAAGAUGCCUGACUCUCUCUACCUGCCUGUCAUGGAGCGCCUCAGCCUAUCACGUCCCACCACUGGCAGCACGGAGGACAUUGACCAGAAUAAGAAACAGGACACUGACUCAGGAGUUGGCAGUGACAACGGGGACAAGAGACUGUCUGCCACCGAGCCCUCAGACGAGGACAGCUUGAGUCUCAAUGUCCCCAUGUCCCACAUCACAGAGGAGGAGGGGCUAAGCAAAGACGACUCCAGCGAACACAUCAGCGCUCUCACAGCGGACCCCCACGGGGACGGGGUGCGACUGAUAGAGGAGAGCCCCACUGAGGCCCUGAAGGAACAGUUUGGCUACAGAGAUUCUUCUGCUCUCAGCAACUGCUUUGUCAGCUACAUCAAGGGACGGGCGGCAGACUACGACGAGCCCCUCAGGAUAGAAGAAGAAACACACUGGGCCUCUGAAAGACGUCAAAGGUCACAGAAGGAACACACAUUAGUGAAUAUGGAAACAGAGGACCUGUCUGGAAUUCAGCUCUACCCUGUUGAGAUGGUCAUGGUGGAGGACUCUCUCAAUGGCCAAGACAGUGAUGGCAGUGAAGGACAAACCACACCCAAGUGGGACACUCCCGAAGGAGGCUUUGAGUUCCAGAAGAAACGAGAGUUGAUUCUAGAGAGGGCCAGGCUGGAGGCCCAGCUUGCAUGCCAACAAUAUGAGACACAUAUGUCCAACCAGGGAGAAGACAGAGUUCCAGGCAGCGGUCCCACGUUUACCACCCCUGCCUUUGGGCUGAAGCCCCGCUCUGCCCCCGCCUCACUGCCCUGCUCGCCCCCGCUCUGUCUCCGCCCCCUCCUCACACAGGCCCUGUCCGUCGAUAAAGACACUCCCCCUAGACCAGGCGAUGGAGGCAUGCACAGCAGUGUAUUCCUGAGGACCCAUAAGAGCCUGGAGUCUGUUGACCCUCAGUUCACCAUGAGGAGGAAGAUGGAACAGCUGAGAGAAGAGCUGGAGCUGAUGGAACAACUCAGAGACAGCAUAGAGAGCAGACUGAAGGUGGCUCUUCCUGAAGACCUAGGCUCCUCCCUCAUGGACGGGGUGGUGCUAUGCCAUCUGGCCAAUCACAUUCGCCCACGCUCCGUGGUCAGCAUCCAUGUGCCCUCGCCUGCUGUGCCCAAACUCAGCAUGGCUAAGUGUCGGCGGAACGUAGAGAACUUCCUGGAUGCCUGUAGGAAAAUGGGCGUUCCUGAGGAUAAGCUGUGUCUGCCUCAUCACAUACUAGAGGAGAAGGGUAUGAUAAAGGUGAGCAUGACAGUUCAGGCGCUGGUGGAUGAGACUUCAACCAAGCAGGCUCUCUUCACGUGAGAGGGAAGGAGACCAACACACCAACAUAUAGACACACACCACUUAGUCUGUGGUUCAUUUUGUCAAAGUGACGAACACAGUUGCCAUUGUACCUCCUGAAAUAGCCUUUUCCAAGGGACUGUAGCCUAUAUCUCAGUCUUCCUUUCGUGAUUCUUACAACCAUGGUUUGAAGUUAUAAUGUGAUGCAUGGGGCGCCCUAAAACACAGUAGUGGGCUGUACUAAUGUGGAUAUUCGAAGCUGACAGAGGUGUCCACAUUGAUGGUUUAUAAUUCUUACAGGAGUGCCCUGGUUUGUUAUGGGAGCCUCCAGUACCCUUGGACACUCCUGUAGCUUGAACCCUGCCUACAACAACUUCUAGCAUGCUGCACUGUGUAUGAUUGACUAUGCAUUUCAUGGGCUGUCAGUUUCCACCCCUCUAUUCCUAAAGCCAGGUAUUAUCACCCUCACUAAUUUCAGACUAGACACCUAACACUCCAACAUAGCGGUCUCUCUGCUACAGCUUCCCUAUUUAAAGAUAUUUAUAAUAAAUAUGGCCAAGUGGUUGAGAGUUGUAUCCAUUGAAAAGAAUCCCCUAAAUAUUUUUCUCUAAUAGCUAAUAUAUUUUAGGUAUAGUUCUGUAUACUGUAUGUUUUACUUUGAAUUUGUCUCUCACCUCGUCUGUAGAGGUUGAAAUGUUGUCCUAUGAUUGUGGGAACCUGGUGUUUUUGAGUUGGAAUCUGUGGGUAUGUAACUCAGGGGAGGGUGUGGGCUUACUACACUGUUAUGAUCCAUUCCGUAGACUGCUUAUUUGUCAAUGGUAUUACUUGCGCGUGGUGUGUGUGUGUGUGUGUGUGUGUGUGACUGCAUGCGUGAGAGACAGAAGAAAAUAGUUAGAUGGAAUGAAAAAGAGCGAAGGAAUGGGUUGUAUGUCCUAGUACAUUCUAUACUGCUAAAUAGCCUCGAAGUGUCUGGUGAUGCUGACCAUGUCAGGUGGUCAUGUAGGACCAGCAAAGUAACUGAAAUGCAUUCACUGAUUUAGAGACACUGUUGGCAGCAUCUGAAGAGUAGUGCUUGAGUGCCCAAUAUCCUACUACUACACAAACAGCAGAACACUCCAAUAUAAGCAUACUAGGUGUGUGUGAGUGAGUGAGCGGUGGUGUCUUUUUUUUAUUGUACAGAUAUAAUGCAUUUUCUACAGCUUGGUAUCCAAAGCUUAAGCUUAGCAGUAAAAUCAAACAAUGUUUCACUGGAUAGAUUUGACAGUUGCCAAAACAACUAAACAGUUUUUUUUCAGAGCCACUUAUGAUCUAAUGUCUUUAGUAUGGUAAUAUCUUUUUUUAUGAGAAGUGGUGAUGUGAAGCUGUAAUGUGAUGAUGGUUUGUGCAAGUGGGUUUCGUAUUUAAAAAGUAUUUCUAACUUUAUUAAUAGUAUUUUUUUGAUAUUUUAGUUAAACUAACAGUCGCUGCCAUACAUAAUCAGCCACACUCCUCAGGCAAAGUGAACAAUCUCUUAGAAUCAGGAUCUGGAGUGAUCUCGUUAACAUAGCUAUAAUGCAAAGUAAUAAUAUUUACAACAGUACUACAAUUUAUGUACAGCUAACUGCCAGAACCGCUUCAAUGCACUUUAAUGCACCUUGGCUGGAUCUCUUGGAGGGAUGCAACGCCAUUCUUCCACAAUUUGGUGUUUUGUUGAUGGUGGUGGAAAACGCUGUCUCAGUCGCCUCCAGGAUCUCCCAUAAGUGUUCAAUUGAGUUGAGAUCUGGUGACUGACACACACGCACACUUAAAAUAAUGGGCAACUGGGAAUUUUUCUAUAUGACCCUAAACAGGAUGAGAUG